AUGGCCGGCCAAAGUCAAGGGGACGCCCGCGCAGCAGGAGCGGCUGGCAAAAACCGGUGCAAGCGACGGGCGCCCACCAUUCUCGUUUUGCUUUCGUUUCUUCUGUACACGUUACCGGGCAGGGCCCCUCGGGAAGGGCCGACGCCGGUGGAGGCGGUGGCCGAAAAUGCGGUUGCGCGUCAGAAUAGAACCGCAACUCCUACCGCCUUGGCAAAGGAAACCCCUCCGGCGGGAGGUAGUGGUGAGGGACGGCAGAAAAAAGGCCGGCCUGCACAAACGCCGUUGACGGCUGCGUCCGCUUCAACGGGCUCGCAAGGCGACCAUGGGAGACCAGCGAAAACUGUCGAUGCCGUCGAGGGGAUUGUGAACGGCGACGAACCCGGAGGGGAGCCGCGGUCCGCCUGUUCUGUUGAGAGCGAGCGCGUCAUCACAGCUCGCGUGGAGACGCUGAAGGCGGAGACUGAAGCUGCGGUCGAUGAAGUGCAUCGAACAGAAGAGAAAAACCGAGAGAUGUUCGGUCGUCUCAAAGCGAAAAUGCACGCCAUGGAUGGCCGUCUCGAUGAACUUGGUGAGACCCAGGCUCGCCUCGAGGAGCGUCUGCACAACUCAGUUGCGGUGCUGGCCCAGGCCCGUGAAGAACAAGCGAAGCAAUUCACAGCCGAUGUGCAAGCGUACAUCGCCGAGUUGGGGCUGGAGAAGGCUGUCUUCCGGCAGCGUGAAAUAGCCGUUAAGCUGCAAAAUCUUUCGGAGUCAAACGAGAAGAAUAUCCAGGCUUUAGCUGCUCUUCUUCAACGCUUGGAUGGCGGGAAAGACAAAGCGAAGGAGUGGAUAUCAACAGUACUUGGCGACCUGGAGAAGUCGGUCGAGGCACGCACCCUCGCCACGCUCGAGCGUCUGCAGCGAGACGCGCAGGAGCAUACAAAAUUAAUGCAACAACAGCUGAAUGACAUGAAGCUGGACCAUUUGCUUCUGGUGCAAGCUGUGAACGGUGCGGAAAGCCAGCUGAACGACCGGGGGAUCGCCGGCGUGGACCUUUCCCAGCUUGCUGAGGGAGCAUCCUUCGAGACGAUGAGGAUGACAUUCCAAACGGUUCUCGAGGAAAAGUUCAAAGGAGAAAACUUGCUGCCGAUCUUCGUGGUGACACAGUGCCCCGACUCCAUGGAGAAUGUGACGUUUAUGAAUACAUACAUGUUGCCAUCGAGACGGAACUUCCACGUCCUGCUUCAAGCUUUGGGGCACACACCUGGUGCCUCUGCUGUAGUCAUCCGCAUCGAGUCGGUCAUGGUGGAGGCCUGGAUUGAGGUGGACGGGAAAGCGACUGCAUCGCAGUACCUUGCUCCUGCAGCUAACGAGCGACUGAGUGUGAGCACCAGAAAUCGUUUCGGCUUCGAGUUUGUCAAGCGCGUGAGAGAGCUUGGAGCAGAGGAUUUGACGGCUGACCUACGUGGACGCAAAGUUGUUGUUGCGUUCGUCGGGAAGCGGAAGGGGAGCAUCGUAGGGUUGCCGGUGACAGAUGUAACCGAGUUCAACAAGUUUCAGGCUCUGCGGACACUCGCAACUUUACAUCUCUCUCCAAUAAAAGAAACAAACAAUCUCUGGCAAACCAUGAAGACGGAGGUGGAGCUUGUCGCCACCUUCGCAGCCACGCCGCGAAUUGAAGUUGGCGAGGUUUCGCUACGCAUUCACCAGGGUUUCGCGCCAAUGCCUAAGCUUCCCCCAUCUCCCUUUUGCAGGAACGCGUUCACGUUCAUUCGGGUCGAGGUCGCAAGAUCUCCGCGGCGGAAGCAAGAGUACAUCUAUCCGAAGGCGUUGCUGCUGAAGAAGGUGUUCAAGUUACUUGUAUCUAACGACAACGCAAAGACUUCAGGCGGCGAUGGACGCUUUGCCAUCAUUAGGGCAAAAGCGAGCAACGCUGGUUGGCUGCAGUCUAAGUUGUAUGCGUCCACAGACCGAAUUACAGUCGAAAUCCAUCGUCCUGCCUCUGUAACAACACCUGGGAAGUUCUCGCGCGAGGAUGUCGCGGUUGGACGGAGUAGCCCUACUUUGGCCGCGGUUGUUGACAAGAUACGAAAAUCGAUGGUCGAGGUCGUUCUUCCCAGCAUAGGACCAGAAGAUGGCACUGCUCACAAGCACGUGCUCGUACAUAUUUGCGAAAUCGGCGUUACCUGCAACGAAUCUGGUCGUGGUAUGAGGGCCUGA